UCUUUUGCUUUUUUUUUUUUUCUCAAAAGGGGAGACCCAUCUUUUAUUUUCUGUCUUCCCAAACAGAACCCCUCUCUUUUUCAAAGCUGGAAAAUCAAACAAAACCCUUUAAACUUUCCAGCGAAAUUCAAAGUCAGUGCAGAAUGGUGUCCCCUGAAAACUCCAAUUAUUGGUCUCACUUUGAUUACGCAACCAUGAUCGACGAUAUCCCUGUCCCUGACGGACCUUAUUCUGGUUUUUCUUGGUCCGCGCAGCCAAUUAAUGCCCCUUCUAAUGUUGUUAGUGUGGACAUUGAUGGCUCAUUUGGGGAUUCAGAUGGCCUUAAGGAAUCUGGUUCAAAGAAGAGGGUUAGAUCUGAAUCGUGCAACCCAUCUAGCUCCAAAGCAUGCAGGGAGAAGUUGCGUAGGGAUAGGCUAAAUGACAAGUUUAUGGAGCUGGGUUCUAUUUUGGAACCUGGAAGGCCUCCCAAAACAGAUAAGGCUGCUAUUUUGAUUGAUGCUGUUCGAAUGGUGACCCAAUUAAGAGGUGAAGCCCAGAAAUUGAAGGAUUCGAAUUCAAGUCUCCAGGAAAGGAUUAAAGAGUUGAAGGCUGAAAAGAAUGAGCUUCGUGACGAAAAGCAGAGGCUUAAGGCAGAGAAGGAAAAGCUGGAGCAGCAACUCAAAGCCAUUAAUGCACAACCUAGCUUCAUUCCUCCCGCACCUGCAAUCCCUGCUGCAUUUGCUGCUGCCCAAGGUCAAGCUCCUGGGAACAAGUUGGUUCCUUUCAUUGGUUAUCCUGGAGUUGCCAUGUGGCAGUUCAUGCCACCUGCAGCAGUGGAUACCUCACAGGAUCAUGUACUCCGCCCUCCAGUUGCGUAAGCCGGCAACCUUCAAUGAUUUGGGUUUGCAUUUUGAUGCAAACAAGUGUAUUCAUUUUGUCAUUGUUCUGGGCUGUUUUAGUUGUUACUGAAGUUUCUAACUGGAUUUGUUGGGUGACUGUCAUUGUACCCCUAUAAUUUGAUGCUGGUAAUCACAUGUAAAUUUUUAAUAAUUUCAUCUGUC